AUGGUCAACACUGAACCUCACCUCUGCUUCCGAUCAUUUGUCGAGGCCUUGAAGGCGGACAAUGAUUUGGUCGAGAUUGAUACCCCAAUCGACCCCAACCUCGAAGCAGCUGCCAUUACACGUCUUGUCUGCGAGACAGAUGACAAGGCUCCGCUCUUCAACAACGUGAUCGGUGCUCAGAAUGGCCUCUUCCGUAUUCUGGGUGCUCCUGCAUCGCUCAGAAAGUCUCCAAAGGAUCGCUAUGGUCGUCUUGCCCGCCACCUCGCUUUGCCCCCGACUGCCUCCAUGAAGGAGAUCCUCGAUAAGAUGCUCUCGGCCAGCACCAAGGCCCCAAUCGCACCCAACAUCGUGUCUACGGGCCCUUGCAAGGAGAACUUCCUCGAGGAAAGCCAGAUCGAUUUGACCAAGCUCCCUGCUCCCCUUAUCCACCAGGCCGACGGUGGAAAGUACAUCCAGACCUAUGGAAUGCACGUUGUUCAGUCUCCCGAUGGGUCCUGGACUAAUUGGUCUAUUGCCCGUGCCAUGGUUUCCGACGAGAAGCACCUUACUGGUCUGGUCAUUGAGCCCCAGCACAUUUGGCAGAUUCACCAGAUGUGGAAGAAGGAAGGCAAGGAUGUCCCCUGGGCCCUGGCCUUCGGUGUCCCUCCUGCUGCGAUCAUGGCCUCUAGCAUGCCCAUUCCUGACGGUGUCACCGAGGCUGGAUACAUUGGUGCUAUGACUGGCUCUGCCCUGGACUUGGUCAAGUGUGACACCAACAACCUUUACGUCCCUGCUACUUCGGAAAUUGUCCUUGAAGGUACCCUGUCUAUCACCGAGACCGCUCCCGAAGGUCCCUUUGGUGAGAUGCACGGCUAUGUCUUCCCCGGAGAUACCCACCCUUGGCCCAAGUACAAGGUGAACCGCAUCACCUACCGCAACAACCCGAUCCUCCCCAUGUCCGCCUGUGGUCGUCUGACCGACGAGACUCAUACCAUGAUCGGAGCCCUAGCUGCUGCUGAGAUCGGCAAGGUCUGCCGAAAUGCCGGUCUUCCCGUCACCGAUGCCUUCGCCCCCUUCGAGUCCCAAGUCACCUGGGUCGCUCUCAAAAUUGACACUGCCAAGCUGCGCGAGAUGAAGACUACCUCCAAAGAAUUCUCCAAGAAAGUCGGUGACCUGAUCUUCAAGACCAAGCCCGGCUAUACCAUUCACCGUCUGGUGCUUUGCGGUGAUGACAUCGACGUCUAUGACGGCAAGGAUGUGAUGUGGGCUUUCUCGACUCGCUGCCGGCCUAACAUGGAUGAGACCUUCUUUGAGGAUGUGCGUGGCUUCCCGUUGGUCCCGUACAUGUCGCAUGGAAAUGGAUCGCCAGUUCAGGGUGGAAAGGUCGUUUCGGACGCUCUUAUGCCUUCUGAGUAUACUACCGGUCGUGAUUGGGUGGCGGCUGAUUUCAAGAACUCAUACCCUGAGGAUCUCAAGAAGAAGGUUUUGGAUAACUGGACCAAGAUGGGAUUCCGGGAAGAGUAA